AUGGUGAUUGUGGUUGUGGUUGUGGCUGUGGUGCUGGUGCUGAUGGUGAUGGUGCUGGUGAUGGUGGUGAUGGUGAUGGUGAUGGUGCUGGUGAUGGUGGUUAUGGUUGUGGUUGUGGCUGUGGUGCUGCGCGAGGUCGGCAACCUCGUGCAGCACAUGCUGGGCACGCCACUGUCGCGCGGCCCUCCUCUUGCCUCUUCCCCGGCUCCUCGGCUUGACUCGUCUACCGUCCCUCUGUAUCCCUUCGCCUCGCCACUCCUCCCGCCGCUGCCCGAGAACCCACCGGGUGCGGCGCCCGAGCCACUCAUGCUCUCCGCGCUGCGCUCGUCAAUGGCCGGCUCGCAGCCGCUUUCAGGUGAGUCGGAACUCGAGCAGUUGCGUGCAGACAACAACGCACUGCUGGAGACUGUCCAGGAGCUGGCAGUUCAGAUUCCGGAGCAAAAGCGGCUGUAUCACGAGAAGAUUGAGCGCGGCGAACAGCGGGUUGCCGGUCUGCUCGCCGACCUUCGGGCUGCCGAGCAGGACGCUACUGCCGCCCGCGCUGACGCCGAGGCGUGGCGCACGCGCGCGUCACAGCUCGAGGCUGAGGCCUCAGCAGCGCGCAACGCCUCGCACAAGGCCUCCACCGAUGCUUACUCGGAGGCAAAUGCAUUGCGAAUCCGUAUUGGCGAGCUCGAAUCGCGGCUGGAGGUCACCGAGUCGCGUGCUGCUCUUGCAUCUUCGCUGCAAGCCCAGCUUGACUCGGUCCAACGCGAUGCUGCCAACGCCGCCGCUGCCGCGGAGACUCGGCACCAGACCCAACUCGAGAGCAUGCGCCGCGAGCGCGACGACCUCGCCCGCGAGCUUCAGGCGGCGCGCGAUCAGGCAAAUGCGACCACUCGUGAUGCCGACGCGCUGCGCACUCAGCUUGCUGUUGCUGACAAGGCCCACCAGGAAGCGCUGCAUCGGGUCCGCCAUGAGCUGGACGAGGCGACCCGGACAGUCGUCAGCCUCUCGUCUCAGGUCGGCGACCUCGACUCGGAGCUGCAGAGCGAGGUCGAUGCCGAGCGCGCCGCCCGCAUCGCUGCCGAUCAGCGCGCGGCGUCGCUGGAGGCGACCAACGAGACGCUCCGCUCCGAGUUUGUUGUCCUCCGCAACCAUCUGCAGGCGCUCCAAGCCGAUACCGCCGCCGCCGUUGCUGCGCGGCAGCAGCUGCAGGAGGCACAGGCACAGGCUCGUGCCGCCGAGGAUGCGCUCAACACCCAAAGAGUCACGCUUGCAGCACUCGACGCCGAGCAUCGCAACUGCCGCUCGACCCACGGCCAACUGCAAGCCGCACUCCAAGCCGAGCGGUCGCGGGCGAACCAAAUCGAGGCUGCCCUCGAGGCUGAGCGAGCCCGCGCCUCGAAGCUCUCGGCCAACUCGCUGGCGGCUACACCGCGGCGCUCAAGUAGCGGCUCACCGCGAGUUGCGCCUGGCUCGCCGUAUCUCUCGCGAGCGGCGUAUCAGGCCCGCGAGGCUGAGUGGCAGCGAUCACUGGCAGCGGUCAAGGACGAGCUAGAGGAGGUCCGUGCCCAGCUGGCCCAGCAUGGCGCGUCGGCAAGUGUGGGUCCGGCGGCGGCACGCGGCACGCCCGCCAAGGCCUCGGCCGAGCUGUCUGAGGCAUAUCAGGCACUUCGAGAAGAGCACGCCGCGCUUCGUCAGGAGAUGAUGAUGAUGCAGCUGCAGAGCUCAGGCGGUUCCCCUGAGAACGAAAAGGCUCUCCGCGACCAGAUUGUGCGGAUGGAGAACCAGACCCAAGAAUUGCUCGCCGAGCUUGACGCGGCGCGAGAGGAUGCUGCAAAGGCCAGGGCGGCAGCAGUUGCUGCUACCAGCGAGGCCGGUGGCUCAGUCCAGGCCGCCCAGGCGCUCGAGGACGAGCUCACUGGUUUGCGGAAUGAGGCCGCGGCCGCGGUCGCCCAGGCCGAGGCCGCCGAGGCCGCCCAGGCAACCGCCGCCGGCGCUGCUGCAGCCGCACAAGCCCAGGUCGCCACCAUGGCAGACGAGGUGGCGGCGCUGCAGACUGCGCUCGAGAGCGAGACCCGCGCACGAAGCGAGGCCGAGGCCGCCAUGGAAGCACACCAGGCGUCGGCGGACGAUAUGGAGCGGGCUCGCGCCAGCUGGCAUGAGACGACCCGGCAACUACAGGACCAGAUCGUGCAGCUCUCGGCAGAGAGCGCUGAAGCGGUGAGCCGGGCCGAGUCGCUGGCGGUUCAGCUAGAGACGCUUCGUGGAACGCUCAGUCUGGUGAAGGAGGAGAAGGAGCAGGCGCUCCAGGACAAGAUGGCGUUGGGGCGCAAGGUGGGCCGGCUGGUGCGUGGAGCACAGGCGCUGCGUGACGAGCUCAAGGCUGCACGCGAUGAGGCCCGACAUGCGCAGACGGCGUUUGGCGCAGAGCGGGCAACGUUUGAGACGACGCUGGCAGCAGCCGAGCGGAUGCGCGAUCAGGCCCAGGCUGCACUGCAGGCGUCCGAGGCAUCGUCGGCGUCGCUCUCGGCCAAAGCUCGUGCUCUCCAGGAGCGGGUCACCGACCUAGAGGCCGCACUGCUGGCGGCCGAGGAGGCGACAGCCUCGACCCGGCUCGCUGAGGGGCGGGACAAGGCGUCGCUGAAGAACAGCAUCGCGAGGCUGGAGAUCGAGCUCGGUGACGCACGCGAGCAGCUGGACGCGUUCCAGGCCCGGGUGCAGGAGCUGAGCAACGAGCUUGGUGCUGUGCGGAGCGCCAACAAGGAGCUGCAUGCUGCGAUGGGCCAAGCGCAUGCCGCAGCCGAGGCGGCUCAGGCCGAGGUGCAAGUCCAGAGCGCCGAGGCGAGCGCUGCUGUGUCGUCGCGCGAUGCCGCUUUGGCCAAGUGCGAGGACACAGCAAAGGCACUGGCGCUUGCGCGCGAGGAGGGAGCGGCGAUUCAGGUCGAGGCAGCGCAGCUGAGGGCACAGGCUGAUGCCGCUGAGCGAGCCAAUGCGCGAGUGACCGAGCUGCAAGCAGCGCUGGCUGCAGAGCGCGAGGCGGCCUCCAGUGCGGUGGCACAGCUCCGCGAUGAGCUGCAGGCACUCUACUCGGAUGCGCAGGGGAAGCUGCAUGCCGAAGGCGCGGCACGAGCGCAGCUGCAGGCCGAAAACGAGAACUUGAGCUCGAUGCUUGCGGCGUAUCAGGCCAAAUGCAUUUCGCUGACCCAGGCGUCGCAGCUUCAGGCCGCGAUCCGCAGUGGUGGCGGUAGCGGUACCUCUGGCGGUAGUGGUGGACGGUCGUCGUCAGUUCCACCCGGGUCCGCAGCGUCUGACCGGGUUGCCGAGCUUGAGGGCUAUGUUCGCGAGCUGGCGUCACGGCUUCUUACACGCGAGCAGCAGUUUGUGGAGCUGCAGGCCGCGCAUCGCGGCACCGCGCCGUUGGAGGAGGCGCUGGCUGCGGCCGAGGCCCGUGCCGAGGCUGCGGCCGAGCGGCUAGAGGCUGAGGUGCAGGACAAGGCUGAGCUCGAGGCCGAGCUUGAGCGGCUGUUUGAGACGACGACGUCGCUGGAAGAUUUGCUUCACGAGGCAUCGCGGGUGCAAGCCGAGCAAGAGCAGCAGCUGGAGGCGGCCCAGGCGGCUCGCGCGGCGGUGGAGGCAGCGGCUGGCGAGUCUGCUGACGAAGCUGCGGAGCUGCGGCAAAAGCUGCGCGAGCAGGCGGCAGAGGCCGAGGCGGCAGCGGCGGCCGAGAUUGCCGAGGUGCGUGCCAAGGCCAAGGCCGAGGUGGCGCGACUGGAGGAUGAGCUUGUCGAGGCCCGGCGUAAGGCGCGACAGGCGGUUCAAGCGGUCGAGGAUGAACUCGAUAGCGCUCGGGCACGGGCGCGGAGUGGGACCCAGAGUGCGAUAGAGGCCGCCGAAGCCGAGGCGGCGGCGCUGCGGAGAGAACUGGCGAGUGCCAAGGCUACCGAGGCGCAGCUGGAGGUGGCUCAAGCGCAAGUGGCAGCGAUGCAAAAGGAGCUUGCGGCGGCCAAGAAGCUUGCGAGCGAGCUCGCCGACGGGCGCGUCGAUGGCGAGGCGCUGGCAGCAGCGUUGGCGCAGCGCGAUGCGGCAGUGGCGGCGCUCGAGGUUAAGGAGUUUGAGCUCCACGAGCUGGAAGUUGCGAGGCUGGAACUAAGCGAGAAGCUGGCGGCGGCCGAAGCGGCGGCGACCAAGGAGGCAGCGGCGGCCGAGGCAGCGGCGGCCGAAGCAGCAGCGGCGGCCGACAACGUGCCGGACACACCCGAGCCGCGUGCGGGCAACAGCGAUCGGGAGCGAGUCGAGAACGAACUCUACGAGACGCUGCUUUUGCUGGAGGAGACGCGUCGUGAGGCUGAAGCACAGCGGAGUCGGGCCGAGGCGGCCGAGGCGGCUCAGACACUUGUGGCCGAUCAGGUUGCGGCGCUGGAGCGCCAGGUGGCACAGGCCGAGGCGCAGGCGCAGUCUGCCGCCGAGACAGUGGAAGCAGUGCAGGCUGAGGCUGAGCGCGAGGCGCGGGCGCAGGCGCAGGUGGCAGUGGCGGUGGCGGAUGGAUGCGAUCUGGACGUGGCACGGCACGAGACCCGCGAGCUGCUUGACGACUUUGCCAAGCUCUCGGUGACGGUAGCGGAUCUACAGCGUGCGCUCGAGGAUACCCGAGCCGCGCUCGACGCCAAGACGGCAAGAGGGCGAGUGCUCAGCCGGCAAGUGGAUGCUUUGGCGCAUGCCCUUGCUGCGAUGGAAGCUGAGCACCACGGCAAGGACGCCGUCGAUGUCCAGGCCGUCUUUGAUUGGCUCGCAACCGUAGUUCCCGAGGAGGAGUAA